AACUCUCUAACCGUCGAAGUUGAAGUUUUGCCCUAUAACCCUCUCUAAAACCCUCAUCUCUCAUCGUUUCAACACACGACCUCCAAACCUUCAAAAACCCACUAAAAAUGGGGGGAUCAAGAAGAAAAUACAAGAGAUCAAGAAUACAUAAGGUGAAAGUAGGACUUCCCAAGAAAAACCCUAACAUAGUGAAACCAGCCUUCAAUCUUCCCCCAAAACUGCGCGCUUUGCUCGACCCAUUGGGUACCAAAUGGGACGAAAAGGGAAGCGUAAUCAGCAAUUACAAACAAUUUGGGUUUGUUUCAAACCCUAAUCUUCUCAGUGUUCGUUCUCGCACUUCGCAUAUGAUCGAGAGCGACUCACUUCAGGUUCCACCUCCUCGUCCUAAAAAUCCCGCCGAUAACAAAGUUGAUGAAUUUGAGCCAAUGGAUUCCGGGAGUGACCUUGAAGAAGACGAUUUUAAAACAGCUCUUGGAAAGAGAAGAAGGGAUGGUAAAAAAGCACCAUCACAACCAUUGACUACUAUGCAGCGUGCACAUGUUCUUCCUUUGAUCGAGAAGUAUGGAGAUGAUUACGAGAGCAUGUUUAGGGAUACAAAACGAAAUACUAUGCAGCAUUCGAUUGCCACACUGAAGAAUUUGUGCCAAAGAUACAAUCAGUGGAAGGACAAAAAUCCAUUGAUAAUGGGCAAGUGAAGGAUAGUGUUUUUGAGCAGAUGGUAGCACCCUGACUUCAAGUUCCAACCUCAUGCAUUGAUGUAACUGAUGCUGGUUAUAACAUCGUAUUAUCACUUUUACCGCGAAUCAGGCUUGUUGGCUACCAUUCUUUGUUCCUGAUAUGGACUUUCAGAUUUCAAGUGUUGUAUCUUAAAGUUUGAAUUUUUAACUAUACAUUGAUUCACGGUUUGUCUGUAAAAACUGAAAAAUAUCUCCUAUAAGAUUACUAGUUCAAGUCUA